AUGCCUAUUGGUAAUCCCAUCAGCAGAAAUAAUAUUAAGCCCAACCAUAUGCACCAAGAUUCCAAUAUGAGCACCGUAAGCAAUAAGGAACGUACAAUUGAUCAGCCAGUGCAACAGCAGCAGCAGCAAUAUCUCGGUCAGAGCGUUCAGCCUUUGAUGCCCGUGUCCUAUCAAUACGUGGUGCCUGAACAGUGGCCUUAUCCACAAUAUUAUCAGCAACCGCCACCUCAAUCUCAGCAGCAACAGCAAACUCAGCCUCAGCUAUAUCAAGUGCAAGAGUCCUUCCAGAGUAGCGGUUCUGAUUCAAACGUUUCCAAUCCGCCGUCCACAUCACUAGCUAUUCCUUCCACGGCUAAUACCGCUGGUUUGCCAAAUGGCUCUGCAGUGGGUGGUAAUAACAGCAAUACUAAUAGUAGCAACAACGUGCCAUACUACUAUUACUUCCCACAAAUGCAAGGCCAACAAUCAAUGGCCUAUUCUUAUCCUCAGGCAUAUUAUUACUAUUCUGCAAACAGUGAUGGCACCACUAAUUCUAACGGCGUAGCGUCAUCUGCAACUAAUAUUCAAGCCCCAAAUUCUGAUUUGGAAAAAAACUACUCAACCUAUGAAUUACAGCAGCAACAGCAGCAGCAGCUACAAGCUCAACCUUACCCAACGCAUCCAUCAAAGAUUGGUAAUGUAUUUUCAAAAUCCAGUAGAUCGGGACCUCCCUCCGACUCAUCGACUGGUUCAAUGUCUCCAAAUUCCAACCGUACCAGCCGCAACAGUAAUAGCAGCGCGUCCUUAUCGCAACAACCUCCAAUUUCGAAUUAUCCACAACCUUCCACAUACCAGUAUCCCGGUUUCCACAAGACCUCCUCGAUUCCCAAUUCACAUUCUCCGAUUCCUCCCAGAUCUUUGACAACGCCAACUCAAGGUCCACCAGCCGUUCAAAAUGGUACAUUGAGUUACAACCUUCCUCAGGUGGGCUUACUAGCGCAACAGCAACAGCAACAGCAGCAAGUGAGCCCGUUGUACGAUGGAAACUCCAUAACACCGCCAGUCAAACCCAUCACAGACCAAGAUGCUUAUUUAAGUGCAAGCGGACAGGGAAAAUCGGAUCAACAGUAUGACCCAAUGGUGAAAGCCAUGAAUUCUUUCCAAACAACCACCAUAAGACACCCAAUGCCAUUAAUAGCCACUACUAAUGCUACAGGCAAUAAUAGCAACAGUACUUCCGCAAAUAUAAUAAGACCAAGAGUAACUACAACUAUGUGGGAGGAUGAAAAGACACUAUGUUAUCAAGUCGAAGCUAACGGCAUUUCCGUGGUAAGAAGAGCGGAUAACGAUAUGAUUAAUGGUACCAAGUUAUUGAACGUUACUAAAAUGACAAGAGGUAGACGAGAUGGUAUUCUGAAAGCAGAAAAAAUCAGGCAUGUGGUAAAAAUUGGCUCUAUGCAUCUAAAGGGUGUUUGGAUACCGUUCGAGCGUGCCCUAGCAAUAGCACAAAGAGAAAAAAUUGCCGAUUAUCUCUAUCCUCUAUUCAUUAAGGACAUCCAGAAUGUAUUAAAACAAAACAAUCCUGGUAAUGAAAGUAGCAGCAGUAGUAGUAGCGCUGGUCUCAAAUCUAUAAGUCCGUGCACAUAUUACCAACCUAUCGAUAAUUAUCAGGGUGUUAGUGCCCCUCCAAACGCAUCUGCUGUCCAAUUGGCAUACUCCUCAAUGAAUCUGAACAAUAAAAUAGUACCUAAUAAUCCUAUGCCAACUGUAACUACAAUCGCUCCCGGCCAAAGACCGAUGAGUAAAUACCCAAUGCCCAAUUCGAACCACGUUGAUGGAUCUGCGAUAACUAGUCUACAAAACCUUUCAACAGCAAUGCCAAUGAAGCAACAACCAGUCAAUAGCGCAGUUUCUCCGCUAUCUUAUCCACGCAAUACUAUAAUAAGUCCCGUGAGUAGGUUGGGAAAUACACCCAGCCAUUCAAAAGCCUUGGCACCUUCUCAACCCGCGCAAAAUACAAACCAAGCAUCUGAGGCAAAUGUGGGGUGUAUUCAUACGGGGAUCACUCUUCCAAAAGUGGGAUCUGAAUCGACAUCGACAUCGCAUCCUGAAUGGUCUAAGGAAGCCGGCAGUAUCAAUAACGUACAAGAUGACCAAAUUACAAAUGAGUCGCGAUCUAGCCAACUACCGAUCUCUGCACUGACUUCAACGGAUACCGAUAUGACAAGUGCAAGUGAAGAAGUGGCACAGUCAACCGAGCCUACCGAAGGUGAACUCAUCAAGGAACUUAAAUCUCCUGAACGGCAACUGGAUAAACCUGAAGAUGAUUUAAAAAAGGAAGCUGCCAUUGGUGAUAUGGAAAAGCAAGAUCAGUAA